GGGUCAAAAGUCAAGGUCACAGUGACCUUGAAUGCUAAAAGGUUGUACUAAUAAUGACUGGACAAAGCCUGCACCCAUGGCCCUUGAACAACUUGACUUUGGGGUUGGGCCUGACCAGUAGGUGAGCCCUAUUGAUUUGUCACAGACCAUUGAACGCAAAAAGCUUGCCUGUGUGACAACUCGACAAAGUCUGCACCCAUGGCCUUCAAACUUGAAAUUUAGGUUUGGGGUGACCAGCAGAUGACCCCUUUGGAUUUGGAGGUCAAGGUCACAUCUCCAAUAUUGGUCAUUAAAACUAUGUCAUUUACUUAUUCCCUGCUGCUAAGAGGAUACAUGUUUAUCAGCAAAUAUCAGCCAUCAUCUGAAUAUGAGUGAAAACUGUACCAACUACACUCAUACUUUGAAUAGCAUAAUCUUUAAACUGCCUCAAAGGCAUCUUUUGUCAAUGAAAAACCAGCUGUCAUUUCGGUCAAUGCAUAUUUCAUUCAAUUGUCCAGAUAUUCUUGACAACAUGGCGCUAAUUAAUGCUGCAGGUUUGAAAUUUAAGACAUUAGUUUUUUUUCUUCAGUACCAUGCAGAUUUAUUAACACUUUUAUAAUAAAAACAAACUAGAAAACAAGUUUUAAAGAUAUUAGUUUUUUUCAUGGUAUGAUGCCACAGCACCAUGCAGAUUUGUUUUCACUUUUAUAUCAAAGAAAGUAACUCGAGCACAAAUUUUGUAGAUAUGUGGACUCUGUUGAUAGAAGUUCUGGGAGGCAUUUUUAGGCUUGAAAGAGCAUCAUUUUAAAGUUAUAUUUUUAUUAUGUCCCUUGAAUCUUGGGUAUAGUUUGUAUUGUAUUUGCAUUUUAAAGACAUUGGCUUCAACAGACCCUAAUGAAAUGAAGGAAUGUAAUUGCUUACUGAAACUGUUAUAAGCGACGUCAUAAAUUGAAGCAAUUUUAACAUAAUGAAUAUGCAUUUAACUAAUUUAAAGCGGUUCAAAAUUAGGAAAUUUGAAUUAAGAAUCUUGUAGGCCAUUGGAUACAUGAAUAAGUAGGGCCAAUAUAUUUGUGCUUAUUAUAAUCACAUUUAUCCUUCUUCAUCUACCUUAAAGAGUGUUCAUCAUUUGUAUGAAAUCAUUUGAUCACGUUUCAUUUGAAAGAACUUUGCGGUAGUGUUUGCUUGCUUCAGUUACGUCACCGACAGUCUUGCAGCGCUUUCAGCGCUUUGAUAUAGAUUUAAGUGUUAGGUGUAAGAACAAAGCUUAACCCGCGUCCAGUCCGGGAUUGCAAAAGUACACAACGAAAUUCAUUUUAAAGUGAAUAGCUCUUCAGGGACACUGUUGAGUAAAUAAAGGAUCAAAAUUAAGAAAUCACCUUUCAAUGAAUUUGGUAUAUUAAAUGUUGAUCAUUUAUUGACAGUUUUACCGAUUUGUAAAUAUAUACGUAAAUGUUUCAAGUCCAAGUGAAUUUCUAUAACAAAAGGCUCUGAGAGUUGUGACAGUCGAUGUUUGACUUUUGUAAAACUAUUCAGUGUUUAGAUUAAUUUUGGCUAGUUUAGGUCUAUCGCGGAUCAUAGAUACGGACAACUAUGUCUGAAGAACAACAAUGCAAACAGGAGAGUGAUCGGGAACCGUCGGAGGAAGAGAAAGCAGAGUUCCGGGAGGCGUUCGCGCUGUUCGACAAGGACGGUGACGGCACCAUCUCUACAGAGGAACUGGGGACCGUGCUCCGCUCCAUGGGUCAAAACCCUACAGAAGGAGAACUGGUCGAUAUGAUCAACGAGGUCGACCAGGACGGUAACGGCACUAUCGACUUUGAAGAGUUUAUGAAGCUGAUGAAGGAGCGCGCCGUGGGUGACCAAGAGGAGGAGAUGAAGGACGCUUUCAAGGUUUUUGAUAAAGAUGGUAACGGUUACAUUACGGCAGCGGAACUGCGUCACGUUAUGAUGAAUCUCGGGGAGAAAAUGACGGACGAGGAAGUGAACGAGAUGAUGACGGAGGCGGACAAGGACGGGGACGGGCAGAUAGACUAUAAAGAGUUUGUUGAAAUGAUGAUAGGCAAGUGAUGUAACUUGGACAUGCAUUUGAUUGAUGUUUUGUGAAAGUGUUCUUAAAUGUUGUAAACAAAUUAUUUUCUGUAAUUUCUUUAUUGUAUGUGCAUUUAUAAAUAUUUUUGUAAAUAAAAUUCAUCUUGAACUUCAA